AUUCAUAAAAUAAACGAGUUUUGACAGAAAAACUCCGAUCACGACUUUGACUGUAAUUCCAGUUGAUUCUUGAUAAUCAGAAAAACGUGGUGACAGGGAAAGAUAUAAUUCAUGUCAAUAACGGCUGAUAUUCAAGAUGUAUAUUAAGUUGCAACUUAUCGUAUUGCUAUCCGUAAGGAUGACUCAUCACCUAACUUUGGCACAAACCUGUAACGAGAGGCAACUUCCAGGCCCUUCUCUAGCAGACAUGUGCAGUACCAGUGACCCUAACUCCGUCAUGUUCAUGUCUGUCCUGGACUUGUUGACACAGAAGAACGAAAAAAUAUCUGGAAUAUGCGAGCGCGUGAGGCCCAUCGAGUCACCAGAUCUCGAGUAUGACUUUAUCAUAGUCGGCGGUGGUGCGGGAGGUUCUGUGAUGGCUGCAAGAUUAAGCGAGAUUUCUCACUGGAAAGUCUUACUUCUUGAAGCUGGUGAUGAAGAACCUACAUCUGCACAAAUUCCGAGUUUUGCCAGUGUUAUACAAGGGUCCAGUUUGGAAUGGGGAUACCGAACCACGAACGAAAGUCACGCCUGCCUUUCAACGAACGGAUCUUGUUUGUACCCCGCAGCGAAAGUUCUCGGUGGAUGUACGGUGCACAAUGGAAUGAUCUAUUUGAGGGGCAAUCCAACGGACUACAACAAUUGGGCUGCUAUGGGUAAUGAGGGCUGGACUUGGGACGAAGUAAAACCAUUCUUUCUGAAGGCGGAGGAUAACGCUGAAAUUGAUAGAGUUGGAAAAUUCUGGCACGCCACUGGGGGUCCGCUUUUCAUUGAGAGAUCUUCUUAUCAACCUUCCUUUGCCUAUUCUAUUAUAAGAGCAGCAGAAGAGGCAGGAUUUGACGUCAGUCAAGAUCUCAACGGAGACGACGUCACUGGGUUUACAAUAGCACAAACCACAACCAAAAAUGGAGUCAGACGUAGCAGUGCUGCAUCGUAUCUACGGCCCAUCAGGAACCGUGAGAAUCUACACAUUUCGUUGAACUCCACCGUUACAAGAGUACUAAUCGAGGAUGGAAAGGCAGUCGGCGUUGAGUACUUUAAGAGUGGUGAGUUCAAGAUGGUUCGUGCAUCGCGAGAAGUGAUUCUCAGCGCUGGAAAUGUCAAAUCGCCUCACAUUUUACUUCUCUCUGGCAUUGGGCCCAAGGACCACCUCAAGUCCAUGGGCAUAACAGUAAUCAAGGACUUGCCUGGCGUCGGCAGCAAUUAUAACGACCACCCGUUCUUCCCACUUACUUUUACUAUCAACGAGAAUGAUGUAUACGACAACAAUUGGGCUGCUGCUGCCGAGUACCUUGCCUCUCAGACUGGUCCAUUAUCCAGUUAUGGAAUAGCUGGGGUAUUCGCUCAGCUAGCUUCCAGUGCAACAACCCCUGACUAUCCUGAUAUCCAAAUAUUCAGCACUGGUUACCUCGCUGACUGUGCGCCGGGUGAAAUUGGGGCUCUUCGUAGCACGGGGCGACGUACUUUAUCAUUGUCAGCAUUGCACCUGCACCCGAAGAGUAGAGGACGAAUUAGUCUCGCCUCGACUGAUCCUUUUGAAAGCCCCUUGAUCUGGGGUAACUUUUUGAGCGAAUCUAGCGAUGUCGAUCGUCUUUUGGACGGAAUAAAUAGUAUUCUAAAGUUGACUAAUACAAAUACCUUGAGAUCCCAUAAUAUGACGUUGUCAAUGCCAACCGUCGAAGCCUGCAGAGAUUACACUUUUUCCACUACUGAGUACUGGAAGUGUGCGUUACGCCAGAGUGUAAGAGGCGUGGGUCACGGAAACGGAUGCUGUAAAAUGGGCCCCGAUCAUGACGCAAUGGCAGUUGUCGACCAUAAGCUUCGAGUUCGGGGUAUCAAAGGACUGCGCGUUGUAGAUACUUCCGUCAUGCCUAAGGUAAUUUCUGGAAAUACUGCGACACCGACAAUGAUGAUUGCGGAGCGAGCAGCAGAUUUCAUCAAAAAACAUUACCAUUGA